CCACUCCUUCUCUCCUCUGUUCAUUUCUCACCCUGAAAACAGAGGAAAAGAGGAAACCCCAAAACCAAAAACAGAGGCGAAAAAAAAAACUCCGAAAAAAUAAAAAAGACCACUACAAAAACGAAACCCCACCUCAGAACAAUGGAAAAAUAGAGCACAAGAGAUUCUCAACAAGUAUCAUUUCACUGCUCUAUCCUCUCUUUUUAAUUCCUCUUUUCCUUCAUGAACCCUUCAGAUCUCUCUUGUACACAUAUGCAUAUGCAAAUGUUGAGCGAUUACUUGCUUCUGGGUGAGUUUGUGUGAUUGUCGAAGCAAGUUCUUCACUCUUUUGUGCGGUUCGGUUUUACAAUGGCUGUGGAGUCGAGUGCUGCUGGGAAUAUUGAGGUUUCUCCAUGGCUGAAAUCGAUGGCGGUGGCUCCAGAGUACCAUCCCUCUCUCGCCGAGUUUCAAGAUCCAAUUGCCUACAUUUUUAAAAUUGAGAAGGAGGCCUCCAAGUAUGGUAUCUGCAAGAUAGUUCCCCCUGUCCCUGCUGCUCCGAGGAAAACGGUUGUCUCCAAUUUGAACAAAUCCCUCGUCGCCCGCUCCGAAUCGGGCCCCACUUUCACCACACGGCAGCAGCAAGUCGGAUUCUGCCCCAGGAAGCACCGCCCUGCCCAGAAACCCGUGUGGCAGAGUGGGGAAAGGUACACCCUGGCUGAAUUCGAAGCCAAGGCGAGAAAUUUCGAGAAGAAUCAUCUGAAAAAGUAUGCGAAGAAGGUGUUGAGUGCUCUGGACAUUGAGACCCUCUACUGGAACGCAAUGGUUGAUAAGCCCCUUUCGGUGGAGUACGCUAAUGACAUGCCCGGGUCGGCUUUUGUGGUGAACAAGGGCGGAGGGAAGAAGAGCGAGGGGGCGAUGACGGUUGGGGAGACUGAGUGGAAUAUGAGGAGAUUGCCGAGGGAGAAUUUGUCGCUGUUGAGGUUUAUGAAGGAGGAGAUACCGGGGGUGACUUCGCCUAUGGUUUAUGUAGCUAUGAUGUUUAGUUGGUUUGCCUGGCAUGUUGAGGAUCAUGACUUGCAUAGCAUGAACUAUUUACAUCUCGGCUCUGGGAAGACAUGGUAUGGCGUGCCCAAGGAGGCAGCUGUUGCGUUUGAGGAAGUAAUUAGGGAGCAUGGAUAUGGUGGAGAGAUCAAUCCUCUAGUUACUUUUGCUACUCUUGGUGAGAAGACCACGGUCAUGUCCCCGGAAGUGCUUCUUAAUGCUGGUGUUCCGUGCUGCAGGCUGGUUCAAAAUGCCGGAGAGUUUGUAGUCACUUUCCCAAGGGCUUAUCACUCAGGGUUCAGUCACGGAUUCAAUUGUGGAGAAGCUGCAAAUAUUGCUACUCCAGAAUGGUUGAGGGUUGCAAAAGAAGCCGCAAUUCGUAGGGCAGCUAUAAAUUGUCCUCCAAUGGUUUCUCAUUUUCAGUUACUCUAUGACCUAGCACUUUCGUUAUGCUCAAGUGUGCCAAAGAGCAUUGCAGUGGAACCGAGGAGUUCUCGCCUAAGGGAUAGGAAAAGAGGUGAAGGUGAAACAUUGAUCAAAGAACAAUUUUUUCAGGACAUGAUACAGAACAAUGAUAUGCUCAGAUCUCUUGGGCAAGGAUCAUCCGUUUUGCUUCUUCCCCAAAAUGCUCUGAGUUACUCAUUUCGUUCCAAGACGGUGGUUGGGUUUCAGCCAACAACCAAAUCCAAGUUGUUCCCCAGCUUAUGCAGUCCCGAUCUGGAGUUGAGGAAUACAGGCUUCAGUUCUCAUGAUGAAUCUACACUAGAGAGGAGUCAGAGCCCAAAACAAGCGAGGAGUUCUGUGGCUAAUAAAAGAACAUUUUCUUCUUUGUUUGGUAUUAACAUUCCUUCACCAGCUCCAGAUGCAGAGCAACAAUACUCUGCAUCAAAGAAAGCUUCUCAAUGUCAGCAAGGACUUUUUUCAUGUGUCACUUGUGGGAUUUUAUGUUUUGCAUGUGUGGCCAUUGUUCAACCGAAGGAAGUAACUGUGCAGUACCUAAUGUCAGCUGAUUACAGCAUACUUCAGAAUUUGGGAGAAAGUGAUAACGAGGGUGCUAACACAAAUCUUUCUUUAGGAUUGAUGCAUAUGAAUAGCCAAAAUAAUCGUUCUGCUUCUGAUAGUGACGUUCGUAAUGAGCCCUCUUCUCUGGGCCUAUUAGCUUUGGCGUACGGUGGCUCCUUGGACUCUGAGGACGAAGAUUGUGAGGUUAAUAAUGAUCCCAUUGAAGGCUGUGGAACUAGUAAAUCUGAUGACUUUAGAUAUGGAGAUGCCUGUGAGAAAACUGAAGCAAAGAUCAACUGCAGGAAAGAAAUUUCUUAUGAGUUUGAUAGAAACAAUUCUUCAAUGAUCGAGUCAAAUUCUUUAACCAAUAGGUUUAGUAGACAUCAGACAGAACCUCAAUUUGACAUCCCUGAUUCUUUGACUUGUAAAGCUGUAGGAACACCUAGAAGUGGUUUAGCACCACAACAGCCCACAACUAUGCCUUUUGUUCCAAGACUAGAUGAAGACUCUUCUCGUUUGCAUGUCUUCUGUCUUCAGCAUGCUAUGCAAGUGUGCCAGCGGCUCAGUCAGCUUGGUGGAGCUGAUGUGUUUCUUGUCUGCCAUCCAGACUAUCCAAAGUUGGAAUCACAGGCCAAGAAAGUUGCAGAAGAACUAAAUAGUGAUUACAUCUGGAAUGAAGUUUCGUUUCGGGAGGCAACAGAUGAGGAUGAAGAAAUUUUACGACGAGCUCUAGAAAGUGAGAAUGCAAUACACGGCAAUGGAGACUGGGCUGUGAAAAUGGGCCUCAACCUAUUCUACAGUGCCAAUCUUAGCCGCUCUCCUCUUUACAGCAAACAAAUGCAUUACAACUCUGUUAUAUACAAUGCCUUUGGGCGCAGUUCAACAACUGAUAGAUCCACAUCUGAGGGUGAGCUGGAAGGAAGAGUUUUGGGAAGGCAAAGGAAGAUAAUUGUUGCUGGAAAAUGGUGUGGAAAAGUCUGGAUGUCGAAUCAGGCUCAUCCACUGCUGGUCAACAAGGAUUCACAAGAGCAGGAGCAGGAGCCGGCCAUUGCUUCCUGGACCAAACCUGAUGUGAAAUAUGUCAGACGAUCAGAAUGUAGCAGCCUAGCCGCUGGAAAAUUGUCUGCAGUUCGUAAAACUAGUAGAAAGAAGACGAGUAAUGCUGAAAGCUGCUCAUUCAUGGAAGAAAAAUCUCCGGAAGCUGAAAAAUCGGAUAAAAGUAGAAGUUUUUAUUGCCACAAGAAGAUUAAGAGAAAACAUGGAUCCAGAAUGCCGAAAGAAGAUACUCCUGAGGUAGAAAAUCAAGAUGAAUCAUCUGAAAAGUCUCAACUCCAGCAUGGAACCAAGAGACUGAAGAAGGAGAAUCUUGAAGAUGAAUAUGACUCUUUAGAAGAAGAGUAUCCUCUGAGUAAAUCCUGGAAGCAGAUUAAGAGCAAUCUGAGAGCGAGGCAAAAGGAAAAAGAGACUUCUGAUGCCGCAAAAAAUCAAAAGAAAGGCAAGACAGAAGAGUCCAACUCACACAACGUAGAUGAGAUGGAAGGCGGGCCUAGCACACGACUCAGGAAAAGAACCAAAAAACCUUCCAAAGAUUCAGGAGCCAGAAUGACCAAACCAAAACCAGUGGUGAAGAAGCAGCAAAGAGAUACGACAACAAAGAACACUCCAGCAGGAAAGGCACCGACCAGCUCUAACAAAGGCAAAACGAGGGAUGAGGAAGCAGAGUACGCAUGCGAUUUUGAGGGAUGCGCAAUGAGUUUCUGCUCAAAACAGGAGCUCGUUUUACAUAAGAAAAACAUCUGCCCUGUGAAAGGAUGUGGGAAAAAAUUCUUCUCUCACAAGUAUCUUGUGCAGCACAGGCGCGUUCACAUGGAGGAUCGCCCUCUGAAAUGUCCGUGGAAAGGGUGCAAGAUGACAUUCAAGUGGGCGUGGGCUCGUACGGAACACAUCCGUGUUCAUACAGGGGCUCGUCCGUAUGUCUGCACCGAGGCUGGGUGUGGUCAGACCUUUCGUUUUGUGUCCGAUUUUAGCCGCCACAAGCGCAAGACAGGCCAUGCUCCCAAGAAAGCCAGGGGAUAAUUCUCAUUUAACAGAUGGUAGCCUAGACUUUGUAACUCUUAUUUCGUUUCUUUCAAUUAUUGGGGGUUCGGAUGAUUUUUGGGCCGAUUUAUCAGCUUACUUAGGCCAUUGCUUUGAUGUCAAAAAAGUAUUUUUAUUCUCUGCAAAAGCAGAAAUUGUAGCAUUGCGUCUGCAGUCGUUCUUGUGCAACUGUUUAUUCAUCUCCCCAGUGUAGUUUUCACCUUUUAA